GCUAGGCGUGUUCUCGAGGGAAAUGUAACCUCGUCAUUUGGACCGGGACGACCCGCCUUAUGGCCAGCCUCGGGCCUCUCCUUGCUUACUCUUGCGAGGAACAUGCUCGUAGCAUUUCCGAACAGUCGAUUAUCUUACCUAUGUACAUACGUGCUAGCCGUAAACACACUAUCCUCCGCCGGAGAAAGAAGAGACUGGAAGAAACUACCUACCUAUGUAGCGGGCCGAGAGAGAGGGGGUUUUGGUUUACCUUACCUUAACCAGCAAGCCCUUCCCUCAGCUCGCGAAAAUAUCCCUAAAAGGGGGCGCGCGCCAAAAAUUCCUAUACGCUACUUACCUUAGGUACCUACGCGACCGCCGCUUUUUCCGGGUCACGAGGCCAAUAAGCGAAUCGUACGCUACGGGACCUUAGCCACGAGAUUUUUACUUUCUUAUUAUUAUUUAAUUAUUACUUGCACCGUCUUAUUCGAUU